AAAUGCGUGAAUUUAUAUCCACAAACAAGUAUCAUAAGGGAAAUCCUUCACCGUAUUUAAGAAAAAUACCAGAUUUUGGACGAUUUUGCAACGCAGUUUAGUUAAUAGCUACGUUAGAAAUUCCCACAAGAUCACGUUCAGGGUAAUUAUUUAUUCACCCAUUUUUUUAUAUUCUGGUCCAACUACAAAAUGCUUGUAGUAUUUUUGCCAAACAGGUCGAAAAAAAGUGAAUAAACCCAUCGUCACCAUUACGUAACUGCAUUAUCGAAAACGCUGAUUAUAGCCCGAGGACCCAUUAACCGUCCACCGCACCAUUUUACCAGCUCAAGGUCCCUCGCACAAAAACCGCCAGCUCGACAAAUUUUCCAAUGUUUUCCUUCUAAAACAAACAAUCGUUUUUAAUUUUCGAGAGCACGUACCACCAGAAGGCCGCCAACAUCCUCCAGACAUCCCAGCCGACUUUGCUCCUGAGGUCACCGCCGCCUAUAAAACCCGCCGAACUGCCUCUAGAUCAGUUUAGUUGGCCAUGAUCCGAACGCGGCACGUGGAGGACUUCUUCGACGUGUCGGAGCGAGACGUCGACGACGUCAAGAGGAUGAUCUGCGAAGACGACGCCAAGCUGCAGCACCUGGAGGAGCUGCUGAGGGUGUGGAUCGAGAGCCAGCCCCACUUCCCGAAGAAUUACGACCGAGGGAUGAUGAGGAAUUUUCUUAGGGGGGCGAAGUUCAGUCUGGAGACGGCGAAGCGGAAGCUGGAGGGGUACUUCUGGGCGAAGGUGGCGUACCCGAACUUCUACCAGAGGCGGGUGCCGGGGGACGUGAAGACGGCGCAGAUUGUGAAUGUGGUGCGGCUGCCGAGGCUGACGGAGGCAGGGGAGAAGAUCUGUGUGGUGGGGCUGGCGUGCAACGACCCGGAUGGGGCGGAGUUUGAUAUGGUGGCGGCGAUAAGGCUGUUCUGGAUGUUGUUCGACCUGAGCCUGACCUGCGCCUUCCCCACCUCCGGCGAAAUCCUCGUAUUCGACGCCGCCUCCGCCUCCGCCCGAGUCAUCGCCCAGCUGCUCACCCCCGCCUUCAAAAACUCCAUCUCGGUACUACGCCACGCCUACGCCAUCCGAAUCACCGAGGUCCACGUGAUCAACUGCCCCUCAGUGGCGGAGAAAACGGUGGCGGCGAUCCGACCCUUACUACCAGAGAAAUUGAAACAGAGGUUUACCAUCCACAAGGACUUGGGGUCUUUGAAGGAACACCUCCGACCCGAGUUGCUCCCGUCGGACUAUGGUGGUACGCUUGACAGCUUAAAAAGUUACAUGGAACGGUGGACGGACAUUCUACAAGAGAACGCCGAUUGGUUCGAGGAGCAAGAAAGCGUGAAAAUUGUGGGUAAACCACCGAACAAGGUUAACUGCUUUACUAGCGACAUCGGCGUCGACGGCAGUUUCAGGCAGCUCAACAUCGACUAACCUCAAAUUUUCUAAAUGUAAAUUAUUUAAUUUUUCACAAAUAUAAAAUCGAAAGUGA